AUGGAUACGGUGAAUCAAGAAAUAACGGAAAAGUCCGUAGUCUAUGUGAGCUUUGCCUCAAAUGUUGUGUUACGACAAGUAAUUUUAGAGCGUCGCAGAUCGAGUGCGUACAAAACAUCACUUUGUAAUGCGUUUCGUGACACUGGUGAGUGCUCAUACGGUCUGCAGUGUCGUUUUGCACAUGGGAUCGGUGAAUUACGUCCGGCUCCUGAGCCGCAUCCGAAGUACAAGACACAGCUGUGUAACAAAUAUGUGUUAUACGGCUCAUGCCCGUACGGCUUUCGUUGCCAGUUCAUCCACAUGCAUCCACGCGAAAUGCAGGACAAUAGCUACCGGGCACAGACGAAUUUCUCAUCAAGUCUGGAUGGUCGCAGCAAUGAUGUGUUCGGUUAUCUGCAUCACUCGCAGUCCGGAAAAGCUAGUCUGGGAAACAGCGCUCGUGGUUAUGAGGCGCCCGCAUCGCCGUACGAUACAUUCGCGCAACGUCGUAUUGCCACUGCUGCCCUUGGUGAUUUGCGCGGACCUACUGCUGUUUCCUCCUCAGAGGCUUUUCGAUUGCAAAAUCCAGGUUCUGAUAUCAAAACAGGUCGGAAGACGGAACAGUGCCAUCAACGAACGAAUAUCUUGCAACUAGCGAAUUCAGUAAGUGCGAAUAGUCCGGAUGUCUCAGCAGUGGAUGACAUGUUGAGCACUCUGUGA